CUGCUCUCUACUGCAAACCAUCGAUUUGUCUUUUGUGAAUAGUCCAAGGGAUAUUGGCCAGUUACCAGAGAGAGAAAGGAAGCUGAUAACAGGCAUCUUGAUACUAGAUCACUUUGCAGGGAAGACGUACUUUAAACGAAGUAGAAUACAGAAUAGUCAGCUUUUCGGAUAUGCAAUCACACUGUCAUCAUCAGAGUCUUCAGUAGAAGUUCUGCUUAUUUCUGGGGAGCUCCGAACGUUUAUAUCUAGCAUAACCAAGAAAAUAUGAAGAAAAUGCCUUUGUUCAGUAAGUCUCACAAGAAUCCUGCUGAAAUAGUGAAAACUCUCAAGGAAAACAUGUCAUUGCUAGAAAAGCAAGAUAAAAAAACAGAGAAGGCCUCUGAAGAAGUUUCAAAAUCCCUCCAAGCUACAAAGGAGAUUUUAUGCGGUACGGGAGACAAGGAACCCCAGACUGAGACGGUUGCCCUCUUGGCCCAGGAAUUAUAUAACAGUGGUCUGUUGGUGACAUUGAUAGCUAAUCUGCAUCUCAUUGACUUUGAGGGGAAGAAGGAUGUGUCCCAGAUAUUCAACAACAUCUUGAGAAGACAGAUUGGCACUCGAAGUCCCACUGUGGAGUAUAUUAGUUCCCAUCAACAUAUCCUCUUUACGCUGCUUAAAGGGUAUGAAUCUCCCCAAGUUGCCCUGCAUUGUGGAAUCAUGCUCCGGGAAUGUGUCCGUCACGAGCCACUUGCCAAAACUGUAAUUUACUCUGAGCAGUUUGGGGACUUCUUUAAAUAUGUAGAAAUGUCAACAUUCGACAUAGCUUCCGAUGCCUUUGCUACAUUUAAGGACCUGCUGACAAGACACAAGUUGAUGGUAGCAGAAUUUCUAGAACAGAACUAUGACAGAAUAUUUGAUGACUAUGAAAAACUUUUGCACUCUGAAAAUUACGUGACAAAGAGACAGUCACUGAAGCUGCUAGGUGAAUUGAUCCUGGAUCGACACAACUUUUCCAUCAUGACAAAGUACAUAAGCAAACCAGAAAAUCUGAAGCUCAUGAUGAACCUUCUUCGAGAUAAGAGCCCCAACAUACAGUUUGAAGCAUUCCACGUGUUUAAGGUAUUUGUAGCAAAUCCAAACAAAACACAGCCAAUUGUGGACAUCCUGUUAAAAAACCAGGCCAAGUUAAUUGAGUUCCUGAGCACCUUCCAAAAGGAGAGAACGGAUGAUGAACAAUUCUCAGACGAGAAGAACUACUUGAUCAAACAAAUACGAGACUUGAAAAAACCCACACCAUGAAGAUUGCGUUCAUUUCUGCCGCUGGUGUCUACCGAAGAUCAUCUUGUAUAAGUGUUUAAAAAAAAAAAAAAAAUAAGAAAAUUGUUAUGGCAUUGUCAGUGCCUGUUUUUUUGUUUCAAAUUAGUUUAUUAGCUGCCAAGAGAGAAAAGGUUUUAUAUUAAAACAAAAAAAAUAUAAAAUAAGAUAAAACUCAAAUAUGACCAGCUCUAGAGGUUAUUAAUCAGGUCUUUGAGGGUGUGAGAUUGUAGCUGGCCAUAUACAAGCCUGGAAUAUGUUGCUGCCCUGACACUUAUUGAAAUUAGGGGUUGUCUGGUGAAAGGUGCCAGCGUGUGCUAAUGAUAAUGGUGAUUUGAUUUGUGUCAGCUUGUUAAUAUUAACAUUAACGUUUCUCUUUUACAGUUCUAGUAAUUUGAAGGUGUCUUUUUAGUACAAAAUGUGAAAGUGAUUAGAAAUCUGAUGUCUGCUCUGGUUCUUCUUUGUAGCCCUUUAAAGACUGCCUUCUAUAAACAAAUUGUGAAGCAAUAUCUAUCUGCUUUCAGCGCAAUAACACCUUUAGUAGCAAAAUGGGUUUCUGAAAUAUUGAGUGCCCACUGAUCCCAAUCUACCUGAAAGGGCAGAAGUUUUCGAAUUGCUUAAUACAUGUUCUGAUUGUUUAUUUUCUGACGGUACUUUUUUUUUUUUUUAUUACUUAUUUAAACAUUCCCUUAUUGUUUUAAUUUAAACCGUUCCUUUUUUUUUUUAUUUACACGUCCAAUAUAUUUUAUGAUUUAAGUUGGAAACCGUUGUUCUUGUAGAUACAGAAAACAAUGUCUCACAUGCAGAGAGUCCUUUUUAUUACCCACUCACGCAUAUAGCGCCUUCUCAGUCGAUGCUUCUCUGUGCUUAAGAAUGUUCAGCACAGUAAAGCACUCCUCACUUAGAAAAUCCUUUUGGUCUGAAUUCUAUUCGUCAGAGGGAUUCUAAUCAUUGUCCUCAAAUUCCAUGUUCUAAACCAUGGUAUUAGAGUAUAAUGUGAAUAGAAUUUGAACUUGUCUGUUUUGUUUAUUAACAAAUCUCAUCCCUUGAUGUGACAUUAGAAUGUCCUCCUUGCCUCAAAAGGUAUAGCGAGGUAAAUUCGAAUUGGCGUGGGUGACCUGGAAUAUUGUGGCAAGCUUUCUUGGUGUAUUACAAAUGAAGAAGCACAAUUACAAAAAAGUGGAAUAUUUAUACUCAAUGAUUGACUUUAACCGAUUGGGCAAACCAAUCAACGCCUAAUGGAAAGCAAGCUAAUUGAGGAGAAGUUAAACUUGUUUUAAUUGUAACAGGCUUAUGCUGUCAAGUUUAUUAUAAUUCCAUCAUUGUUUGUAUAAGGAAUAAAACCAUUAGCUGUGCCACCUUGUCAGCCAUUUGUCAUACGGAGAAGUGGCCAGUGUCGGAUACCUAGAUUAGUGCCUCUGUCCGCUGUCCAGCAGUGUCUGGCCACUGGUAAUGUGUCUGUCUUCAUGUCUGAUUUCCAGUCUGCAAAGCACUCGCCCUGGAGGUGGCUGCAUGCACAUUAUUGUAAGUGGUUCCAGAAGUCUUUCUGGUGUAGAGGGUUAAGGCAAAAGAAGAAACACACAAAAAAGCUAGUUAUUGUUGAUUUCUAUUUUUAUACCUUAUUAGUGUAUAAUUACAGCAGCUUUGUAAAGUAACUAUUCUUUCCAAUUUAAAUAUAUAUUGUUUAUGCCUA